CGUCACUCAAUAUUUUUUGUCCGUAUUCGGUUUUUGAAAAGUAUUUAAAGACUUUUAAUCGAUGAUAUGAAUAUAUGGAAUUGCACCUUGACUUCGAUACAUUAGUUAAACUGAUUUAAAGGUAACAUUAUCCCUCUCUAUUACAGAUACCAGUUGAAUUAAUUUCUGGCAUUUUGACAAGAUCUAUUGUUUUACUGAAAGACUUAUCUGAUUAUUUAAACUUUUGACAAAUAUGAGCUCAAAGGACGUCAGACCUUCGAGCGCGCAGUCUCGACAAGCUUGGGGAUUAGAUCCUUACGCUUCUGGUGGACACGCUAGACCUGAUAAUCAAUUCGACUUCGGUGGACCAAGGGACGAUCCAGAUUUACCUUCUGCAAUGGAAAACGACAUUUAUGCUGACAAUGAACCCAAAAGGAAUAAUGAUGUGUCCCCAACUACUCCUAAAAAGUCUGGUGGUUGUUGGAGUUGUUUUACAAGUGGUCUAAGAUCACUAUGGGCAACUCGACAGACAGAAGAAACCAAAGGAAACCGAGAGCUACAUGUGAAGACAACCUUAAGAGAGCUGAUCAUUUACCUGGUUUUCUUAGUCAUCUUAUGUGUAGUGACCUUUGGAAUGACUAGUACAACUAUGUAUUACUACACCAAGGUGAUGAAUGACCUGUUUUUGGAUACAGUUCACAGUGGCGGAGGAACAUUCAGAACUAUUACAAAUGUGAAUGAUUUCUGGAAAUUUGCCAAGAGACCCUUACUUAAUGGACUUUAUUGGGAGACAUGGUACAACAACGAGAAUGUUCCAAAUGAACAACUUGGCUAUAUUUACUAUGAGAACAAACUUUUAGGUGUACCUCGAAUCAGACAGUUAAAAGUCAGUACCAACUCUUGUCAAGUCCAUGAUGAUUUCAAAGAUGUCAUUCGUGAAUGCUUUGAUUCAUAUUCAGAAAAUUUGGAAGACAAAACAUCAGAAGUUACUCAUGCUAACUAUACAGGAUGGACAUACCAGACAGAAAAUCAGUUAGAUGGUUCAUCAUACUGGGGAAUGUUGACAACCUACAGUGGAUCAGGAUAUGUUCAGGACUUAACAGGUAGAAAGAACACGUCAGCAGAAAUUAUAGACUAUUUGUUUGACAACCUGUGGAUACAGCGAGGCACUAGGGUGGUCUUUAUUGACUUUACUGUGUAUAAUGCCAACAUUAAUCUGUUCUGUGUUGUACGACUGGUUGUGGAGUUCCCUGCAACAGGAGGAGCUAUCCCAUCAUACACUUUCCGUACUGUUAAGCUGAUUCGAUAUGUGACUGUCACAGACUAUUUUAUUCUGGCCUGUGAAUUUAUCUUUGUUCUGUUCAUUGUAUACUACAUUGUGGAGGAAGCUAUUGAGAUCAAGAAACACAAGCUGUCCUAUCUGAAAAGUAUGUGGAACAUCCUGGAUAUUGUUGUCAUUAUCAUUGCCAUACUGUGUAUAGUGUUUGACAUAUAUCGGACAAUAGUUGUAGACAACAAGCUAAAGGAACUACUAGAUAAUCCGGACAAGUAUGCAGACUUUGAGAACCUUAGUUACUGGCAGACACGUUUUGAUAAUGCUAUAGCUAUUGCUGUCUUCUUUGCUUGGAUUAAGAUAUUCAAGUACAUCAGCUUUAACAAGACAAUGACACAGCUUUCCUCCACUCUUGGUAAAUGUGCAAAGGAUCUGGCUGGUUUUGCUGUCAUGUUCUUUAUCAUCUUCUUGGCCUUCACACAACUUGGUUAUCUCCUGUUUGGUACACAAGUCAAGGACUUCAGCAACUUUCAGAAUUCUUUCUUCACACUAUUUCGUAUCAUCUUGGGAGAUUUUGAUUUCCACCAGCUUGAAGCAGCCAACAGAAUUCUUGGUCCAAUCUACUUCAUGCUGUUCGUAUUCUUCGUUUUCUUCGUUCUGAUCAACAUGUUCUUGGCUAUCAUCAACGACACAUACUCAGAGGUCAAAGGGGAUAUGGCUAACCAGAAGAACGAGUUUGAGAUGACUGACUACUUCAAGAGAGGAUACAUGAAGAUGGUUGACAAACUGAACUUCAAGAGGGACAAAAUUGUUGAUAUUCAGAAGGCUUUGAAACAUGCUGACAUCAACCAAGACAAACAGCUUGACUUUGAGGAAUGGCGUCAGGAUCUGAAGACUCGUGGUUAUGCUGAUGGUGAAAUUGAGGCUCUCUUUGCUAAAUAUGACAUGGAUGGUGACCGUGUGCUUGAUGAGUCAGAACAGAAGAAACUGCAAGCUGACCUUAAUAAAGAACAGGAUGCCCUUAACAAAGAAUAUGAACAUCUGGAGAAAUCAGGCAACAGACCAGGCACUGCAAGAAGAUCGAGUAGCCGUGUUAGUUUUAACGAUGACAGUGGUGAAGAUAGUGAUGAUGAAGACAGUGGAACAAAAUCCUCACGUUCAGGAAGAGCAUCAAAUGGUGUAUCAUAUGAAGAAUUUACAGUGUUAUCUCGCAGAGUAGACAGAAUGGAACAUUCUAUAGGCAGUAUAGUAUCAAAAAUAGACGCUGUUUUAGUUAAAUUAGAAGCUAUGGAAAAAGCUAAAUUAAAAAGACGAGAAACAAUGGGAAAAAUAUUAGACAGUAUAACAGAGACGGAUGGAAAUAGUGAUGAAGCAAAAAGAGAACAAAUGGAAAGAUUAGUAAGAGAAGAAUUAGAAAGGUGGGAUUCAGAAACAUCAUUUUCUCCAAGUGGUAGAGGGGCAUCACCAAGUAGUGGCACCUCAGCUCGGGGAGUCAGAUCUAGGUCAAGACCUGGCUCAGGACAAAACGAACCAACAUCAGAUGUAUAAAUGGUAAACCUUGCACAGGAUUACUUUGAUCGACAGUACAGAGUUUAGUAGACAACAUUCCUGUUUGUUAUUUUAUGUCUCUCUGUGAUACACAUCGUCGUACUAUCAUUUUUUUGUGUUCACUUUCACAUCUUAUCAUUGACAAAUUCAAAAUGUUUUGCAAUAAUUUCUAAUUGUUGUUAUAAUAAUCCUAAUGUCAUUCUGACAAUUUGUUCAUUUGUUUUCUUUAAAGUUAAACUACUAAUAUUCAACACUGCUUUUUCCUGUACUAAUUCUAAUAUAUUAUAAAAAAAAAAACAAUUUGAAGAAUUUACAAUUUUAAUGAAUUGUUAAAAAUCUCAUUAAGAAAGCAAAAUUUGAUAAGAAUUGUACAAUGUGUAUUGGGAUAAAAAUUUCUGUAAAAGAAUUUUUAUGCAAAUUUAUUGGAAAAAUCCAGAAUUGUUUGCAUCGAAUUGUAAUAAAAACAUUUUAGAUACAAGAAGGUGUGUGAAGAAAGCAAGUUUAUCCUGUAAGAAAAUGAAAUAUUAUACAGGAGAUAUUUUAUUGCAAAAGUGAUGUAAAAACAAUAAUUCUUAUGAAUUAAGAAAAUAAAUAAAAUUUUCAGUAAUUUACUUAAAAGUGUUUUUCAUAUUACUGAAAUAUUUCAUAUGAAUUUUUGUUUUUACAACAUGCGUUGUGUGUUAUGAAUAAAACCAAAUAUACUGUAGUUAUUGUAAUGUUUUACUGAAGUUUACUUUUAAAAUUACCAUGAAUAAAAUCCUUUUUAUCUACCUAAGUUUUACAAUCAGGGAAUAAUUAUUUUACAUUUACCGUCCUUUGAUCAUUAUGUGCCCAAAUGAAUCUCCGUCCAGAUGUAUAUGUUUGCUUUUAGGUUGGUUGUACAAUUUUUUGUUUACAUGUUAUAAUAAUAAGCAUGCUUUAACUUUAGAAAUUAUAUAUUUAUAUAUCAAAUAUUAUGGAACAAAUUGCAUGAUUUUUUUGUUAUAUAGGGCAAUGUACAAAUCAAUUCUUUGAUUAAUUUAAAAAAAAAGAUGUAUAUUUUUUCAGAAAAUCAUUGUUUUUAAAAUUACAAGUCAAUAUUUCCGUCCUGAAAGAGACAUUUGUUAAAGAAAAUAUUGAUCUUCAGAUACUAACAAAUAAAUUUGAUCUCUGCAAAGAUACCAGUAUUAAAUGGGAGAAAAAAAUCCUGACAAGUCUUUGCCAAUUACAGUAUUUCCGUCCUAAACUGCUAUAAUUUGUUAUUUAUAAUUUAUAUAAACAAUCUUUACCUUUUGGUAGGGAGCCUAACAUUUAUUUCAUUGUUUUUUCAUCCACUGCUGAUUUUAUCUGUAAUUUCAGCUUUUUUCAUACAUUUUAUAUUUCAAACCAGCAUGACUUUGCAUGAAAUAUUUGCCAUUGGACAUUAUACAAACAACUAUCAAAUCAACAUAUUUUUAAUGAAAAUUAGAAAAUCCAGUUUAGAUAAUAGGUAAUAUUUCUAUUACGAAAUGGAUAAUAUAUAAUACCUAUUGUUUUAAUUCAGAAAAAUAAUGAAUUGCAAGGAAAUUUUAUUCAUAGAUUUGUUUUUCAUUUUUAACAAAGGCAGCACCUGGAAUAACCAGAUUAAAUAAAUAAUGAAAAAAGCUGAAGUUUCAGUAACUUUGUUUACUUGUUAUGUUAGAUGCAUUUCUAUGUGUUACAUUAUUAUUAUUAUUAAAUGUUAAUUAGGAAGCAGGUUAA